AGCCAUUUUGGCUCAAGGUGGCAUUCUGGCUCGAGCCAUUUGGGGUCACGCUUCGCUGCUUCAACGUGGUGGCUCGAAGCCAGGCACUGUGUCAGCUGAGUGAGCGCUCGUGUGGACGGAGUGCCCGCAUCGACAUAAGCAACAUCACAAGUACCGAUCGGUCUUCAUGGUGGCUCCACCCGCGGAGAGGCGCAGAAGGGCAGCGUGCUGCGGCAGACCGUGCCGGCGCCGCAGGCGGGCGCGGCUCAAGAACGGCAUCGGCCGCCUGACGCUGAAGUUCGCGGACCCGAGGAAGGAGGAGGGUUUCGCGAGCCUCCACAAGGAGCGGCUGGCCCACAGCAUGUCGUAUGGGGCUGGGGUACUUGCGGUUGAGGGCCUGAUGAGCUUGAUGUUCCACAGAUUCUGGGACGACUCUCAGUACCGUACAGAGGAGGCUCGAGAGCUCAGGAAGUGGCAGAUGCUCAUCUUUGUGGUCGUCCACGUGGCCGGGAUCCUCGCCCUCGGAGCUGGGAGAUUCAUUGCCAAGCAAAAGUUUUCCAGUACCCUGGCGUUGGAGAUCCUUGUUGUUUCUGCAGCAAGCUGUUUCAUGAUACUUAUAGGGGUCAUUCCGAAGCACUACAUUGCACGAUCGUUCGGCCACCGCGACGCGGAGGCCAUUUGGGGCGUGGACUUGGGCCCCACCGACGGCACCCUGAUACUGUACAUCGAUGUGGUUGUCACCUUCGUGCACUGGGUGAUGCCCAUCCGCUGGUUCGUGCUCGCCCCCUUGGAGGUGGUUUCGAUCCUGGCCUACGCCGUGCCCGCGGUGCUGCUCGGCAGCCCGGCCACAAACAUGGUCCCGUUCAACGGCCUCGCGAUCCUCGUGCUCACGCUCGUCGCGGCCUUCGGGAAGCGGGCCUUCGAGUGGCAGGAGCGCCAGCUCUUUGCGGGGCUCCUGUCGGAGAAGCAGAUGCGGUUCCAGGCCGAGUUCCAGCUGUCCAGGGUGGGCAGUGGCGAGGCGGCGGCGAGGGCAGAGGACGCCGGCUCCGAGCGGUCUGCCAAGCUGUCGCGCCCGGGGACGACGAUGAGCGCAGCGGCGUUCGACGGCAGCGUGGAGAACGCGCCGCUGGACCAGAUCCGCGCGAUCGGCCUGCGGGAGCAGUGGCUCAUUGCCAACGAGGAGGUGCAGAUCUUGCCCGACAGGGUCCUCGGCGAGGGCGGCUUCGGCGUCGUUGCGCCGGGCCUGUACCACAACACAAUCGUGGUGGUGAAGACGCCGAGGCGGGACAUCGCGCGGGAAGGCGCCAUCUCCUCGGCAUUGCCCGAGCUCUGCAACGAGCUGAGGAUCCUUCGCCGCAUCCGCCACCCCAAUAUCGCGGUCUUGUACGGAGCGUGCAUGGACGAGGCCCUGAGCAGGCUGUGCCUGGUGCUCGAGUUCGUGGACGGUGUGUCCCUGGGCGCAUUCCUCCGUGGCCCAGCAUCACGCGGCCGCCAGGGGCCCGGGGAGCCGCGCGGUGGAGCCUCGGAGGCCAGGGCAGUGGCGAACAGUAUCUCCGUGAUGUCCGUGCUCAUUUUCGACAUCCUGCACGCGCUGUGCUACCUGCAUUCGAGGGAGCCCGUCGUCGUCCACGCCGACCUGAAGGACUCCAACGUCUUCGUCGAGGAGCGGCACAGCAGGAUCGGGGGGAUCUCGCACCGCGCCAAGCUGCUCGACUUUGGCCUGUCGCGGAUCCUCACCCGGAGUGCCAGGCCUCUCGGCGGCACGAUCCGGUGGAUGGCUCCAGAGCUGUUCUCGCGCGUCCCCCCCGACACGGCCGCCGAUUGCUACUCCUUCGGGCUGCUGACGCGCUUCAUCGCGACAGGGCUCCUGCCCUUCGAGGACAUGCGGGCCGUGCAGGUGGCCAAGCGGCUGCGGGGCGGGCAGCCGCCCAAGCUGACGUGGCCCAUGCCCGCCAACGAGAUCUCGGACGCCUGCCGGCCGCUGGUGGAGCAGUGCACCCAGGUGAAGCCCGCGCUGCGCCCUUCGGUGCGGCAGGCCAGCCGCGCGUUGUCCAUGGUGCUGGGCCACGUCGUCAGCGGGGCCAUGGAUGCGGUGAUCGAGCAGCUGGGCGUCAGGGGGCCUAACGGCGGGGGCAGGAGGUCACAGGGCCAGGGCGCAGCCAUGCCCGAUUCCGCGGACGCCGCGGCCAAGAACGACGGGCUCGAGGAGUUUCUCGGCGUGGUGGAGGUGAGGCAGACCAGCAGCAUCAGCGUUGGCUCGCUCGUUUCCUGCACGGGCUCCAGGGACCUGCCCCCAGUGCAGGAGAACGAGGUGCUGCAGACUGGAGAGGCCUCGAACGGCGCCGCGGCGCCGCCGCUCGGCAGCCACAGCGCGUGCGCGCAGGCGCAGCUGACGCACCCUGGUUACAAGCCGACGCCGCUGCGCACGCAGACACUCACGCUGCUAGAGUUGGCGCUGAAGUGGAACGUUUCGACGUCGGGCAGGGCCUGCUGCUGGCUGCACGAUGCUCUGGACUCCCUGAACACGGUGCUGAAACAGCUUGACCAGAGGACAUGCGCGGUGAAGCACGAAGGCAUGGUCUGCGGCCAGUGCGACAACUGUGGGCUGCUGAUGCUGCAUGACCAGGACUGCUGCGAUUUCUGUGAUUGCUCGCAGGCCCCGUGCAUCGUGGACGACCAUGCGCACCCCGAACAAGUUUUGAUUUAAGCCCUCCUGUUGAAGGCCAGUGGACGUCGGGAACUCAUGCGACACGGAAUCGCUGACGCAUCGGCCCAUCCAGAAAAAUGAUGCCCGCUUGCAGUGGAACAAAGAGAAGAGGACUGGAGACCAGAGCUCUCUAUUCAAAACGACGGCCCACCGCAGGAGGGCUGAGACUGUUUCACCCUUCUGCUUCCUCUUGCUCCUCGAGCCGACAGUCGGCGCCGCGGUGCACGCGGGCUCGGUCCCAUAGGCCCCCUAGAGAGUCCCAAGACAACCCCACAGGCGUCGCUCGCGUUGCAUGCGUCGGUCAUCGUCUGUCAUUUCUCAGUCGUUCCAUUCACGCUCUGGACGCGAGCUAUUCGUUAUCAUGCUGCAACUGCUCCUUCUCAUCGAGAGGGCCAAUGGCUACAAGGGCCAGUGGCUGGAUUAUAUGCCUGGCAGUCUUCAGUGAGUCAGUUAUCUCCCAGUUUGCCGAGGAAGAGUACUCGCCAUUUCUGUUCAUAUUUGUUCCUCAUUCACACGCUGCCGCCCGCGGCCGCCGCGGUCGCGUACCGGGUAGACGCCGCGCAAUACCCCGCCGAGGAAACAGUGUGGUCCAUCUCGCGGUGGGCGCGAAAGGCUGCACGCGCAGCGAAAUUUUGUGCGACGGGCUCGGAGCGACCUGUCCCAAUCGGACGCCGGGGCUCCGGAGCGCUCUCGGCGCUCCACCGAACGCCCUGGAGCGGUUCGUGACGUCGCCCGCCGAAAUGCGUCGGUUCACGGAAUGAACACCGGGGAUGCGGCGGUGAGCGCUUGGAAAGGACGUGUUGCCGCUCCGGGCCAGAUCUGGGGCCCGCGGAGGGGCCUCAGACCCUCGAGCUCCACACCCUCCUCCUCCUUGUCCUCCUCCUCCUUGUCCUCCUCCUCCUUCUCCUCCUCCCCCUCCUCCUCCUCCUCCUCCUCCUCCUCUUCCUCCUUCUAGAGGGUGAAAGACCCCGAGGAGGCCGUAACCACGAGCCCCUCGAGGAGCUUCCGAAUUCGCGACCGCACGCGCUCCGCCUGCUGGCGUGGCAGUGCGUGGUGUUUGAAGUCAGACUGCCCGAGAGCGUCUCUCCUCACCCCUCCUGACUCCCCCUCCUCUGCAUGACCGCACGCGCUCCGCCCGCCGGGGCGACAGCGCGUGACACUUCUCGCAUUUGCCAUCAAGGCGUGCUCCACUGUCGUGGCCCUUGCCGUGCAUGAGUGUUCACAUAUCUUAGGCCUGCGAUUUGGAUGAGUUGCACUCCCUGUUUUUACUGAAGCUGUCAGAAUGGCCGCACCCUCGGUGUCCUAGUUCUUCGAUUUCGCGGUCGACCUGCUGGACUCAAUGAGCUUGUUUUGUCUUGACUUGUAAAAAAAGGCGCA